AUGCUGCGUUCGCUUCGUUCCUGCUCGGUUCCCCAAGCCCGAUCGACACUCCCCAUUCAAAUUUCGCCAGGCACCAUUACCGAUACUGAAUCAUCAACCAAGAUGGUAUUCAAGAGAACGAAAGGCAAGACGAGCGACUCCCAGAGCUCAUCCGCAGCUAGUAGAAUGGACACGAAAGAGUCAGCACAUGCCCAACAUCUGUCAUCAUCGCUGCAUUCCGAUAAAUCGCCAUUGUCCACCUUCAGCACUUGCCAAUCGGGCAGUUACAAAACGUGCAAGACUCGGCAAUCCGUACAGAAAAGUGUCAGCUUUCACCAAGUACAGAUACGAGAAUAUGAACGAAGUCUAGGGGAUAAUCCAUCAUGUAGUUCAGGCGCUCCGAUUGGUAUUGGUUGGGGCUUUCAGAAAGCAUUUGUAAUGGGGGUAGAAGAAUAUGAAAGAAACCAUAAGCGAGGACGAACACAGGAUGAAAUCAUCCUGACCAGAAAGGAACGAGAACAACUAUUGCGAGAGUGGUGUACCCCUGAUAAGGACAUUGCGCAGUCCACUCGUGAAAACCUUAAAGUGAAGUUUCAACGGCGGCGGUCGGUACGAAAUUCCCGCAAAAUGGAGAAAUUGCACAGUACCAUCGGGGGAAUCAAGAAGGUACUAGGCAUCAGAAGACGAAAGUCUGAUGAACCGCACGUGGUACCAGACUUACCAGGUUCGGAGCGAUCAGACUCUUCGGAUGGCCAUGUGCAAAUCAGUGAACCUGAAGACGGCGAAUCAGAUGAUGGACUCGAGGACUUGAUUGAUGAUGCGGUAACAGCCGUGAGCGGCAUUACCUUUGGAGACAGCACCACCUCGUCUGCUUACGAAUUGGAAAUGUUUCACAGAGAAUUGGAGUUGGAAAUGUUCGGGGAGGGACCAGAUGAACUAGACGAGCCAUCAAACAUAUUGGGGCAUACUCUAGAGCUGGCAGAUAACAUUCCUCCUCCAGAAUCCAACACCAUGUCGGUUGGUUCGGGAUCCCUCGAGGACCAAAUGUCUUCAUCUAGCAGCACCUACCAUUCCUUCCAAUCUCCGAAUUACUCAUACAACCAAGAUCCAAAUUCUUGCUAUAAUCACAAUACCCACCAAAUGGAUCUGAGCCCGGUCAAUAUGGAAUAUGCCACAAUACAAGAGCAACUUGCGCAACAACAACACUACCCACAAACCCAUCACGUGCAGUACAAUCCAUAUGCUCGAACAUCGGCAUACCGAGGCUAUUCACUUCGGGAUGCGUACAGAGGCAGCAACAAAUUCUCUGCCUUUGAUGUGGCGAAUCAACAGUUCCCAGCAACGCCAUUUCCACAAAUGGGUAGUUAUCAUCAUGGACAGCAGCACGAGCAGCAGUGUUCGGAGCUACCAAUGCAAUCGCGGUAUACUGCAGCCCCAGACAUGGUUCCUCCAUCGCCUUCAGGGUAUCCAAGUGACCAUGUCAGAAACAACUAUGACUACUCAGAUCUCGUUCAGCAAGUUCGUUAUACCUCUGACGACUCCAGAACUGGUAUCGCGUCCGAUGUCCAAAGUUGGGAGGAAAUCUACUACGAUGACAAUUCGGCCAAGGGACAACAAGAUUCCUUUGAAGAUUCCACUCAAUCCAUGACUGUUUCGAACCAUUCGAUGAACUACAUGUCCUAUGGCUCGCCAAGGUCCUUUACUCACAAGCCUCUCUCGGCGGCAGUUGCAGUUGACCUUUCGGUUCGAACGCAACACGCCUAA